CGCACGCACAACGGACUCCUGCGAAGGAAAGGAUCCCAUAAUAAACUUAACAAACAAUAAAUUAACUUGUAGCAGCCCUAGUUUAAAAUAUAAAGCAGUGACUCUGUAUCAGCCCUAAAGAUAAAUUUGUUAAAUACUAAGAAACAAAUUAGGCAUUAAACAAAAAUGGGAUACCAUUUAAAAUAUUAGUGUCCCUUUCCAAUGUAUAGUGAUAGAGUGAAAUGGGAUAAGUGAUCAUAGAGUAAUUAAUUGGUGUACUUUAGUGUUUUGUUUGUUUAUUAUAUAGUGAUAAUGUGGUUAGUUUUGUGUUUGUUUAUUGUGCCAUUGAGGUAUGCAGAUGGCUCUCUGGCAGACCAGAUGUCAGAGAUCACCCAGCUGUGCUGCAGUCAAGGUACGACUUACGCUCGUAAUCACUCUUCCGAAGACUGCUCCUCUUCCAGCCCACCUGACGUGCCCACCACUUUUGGUACACUUUGUAUCUUUGCUAUGGACCAGUGUUGCAAGGAAUACUUUACGAAGAAAGUAGACUGCGAAGGUGGAAUUGAUCUGGCGACCAGUUCUAAAACUUGUUCUUCAAUGAAAGACACGGGAAAAAGAUGCUGCGACCAGUGCAUGUCCGGGAAAGCAGUGGGGAGGACGCGAGGAGCUACCGCCUGCACAGCGCUUGUGAACGGAAAGAGUGGAGAGCAGCUGUUAGCUGGAGACGCGUUCACCCAGUGUUGCAAGAAUGAAGUGGAAAAUAACAGCAGAGCUCCAAGCCGCAAUACUACAACAGUAUCCAAAAAACUAACGGAAUACGAUUUAUCUCCAAUGGCUUCUGUGUGUGAAGAAUAUGCGCCUAAUGAGCUGUGCGCCCACCAUUGCAUACCGAUACCCGGUGCCUAUAAGUGCGAGUGCAAUCCAGGGUUCAUGCUGAUGGCUGACGGGAGGAAUUGCCGAGAGGUCACGAAGAACAGGUGUAAGCCACACAAUCCGUGCCAACACAAAUGCAAUGACAAUGGGGUCAGCGUGAAAUGCUCCUGCCGGCGAGGAUACCAACUCAUGGCCGAUGGAAAGUCUUGCGAAGAUAUCGACGAGUGUGUCCUGGAUCCCCCAGUAUGUCUUCCGAACACAAAAUGCUUCAACAUCGUCGGCUCAUACAAAUGCAUUCCGAUUAAAAAUGGAAAAAGCAAUGUUGAUAAAGGAAAAUGCCCUUCUGGAUUCACGAAGAAUCUCGCGAAUAAUGCUUGCGAUGAUAUAAACGAAUGCAACCUACCUAGUCCGCCUUGCCCAAGCUAUAUAUGUGAAAAUACCAUAGGAGGUUACAAAUGCGGUGGCAUCUCUGGUGACCCCGGCAGCAUGCCCAGUAAACCAAAAACGCCGGUAGAAGAUGGAUGCCCCCCCGGCUUUAUAAGCGGCUUCAAUGAGGAAUGUGAAGAUAUCGACGAAUGCGCUUUAGGCAAGGACGACUGCAACAAAAUGUCGCAGUUCUGUAUAAAUAUACGCGGUUCCUUCCACUGUCAAGACAAGGGCUCCAAGCAUUGUCCACCGGGUUUCAAAACUAACUCCAUCACCAACAAAUGUGAAGAUAUUAACGAGUGUGAUGACGGUCAAGAUAUCUGCAGACCGGAUCAAAUCUGUGUCAAUGUACUAGGAGAGUACGACUGUAAGGCAAAAGUUGAUUCAAGGACAAGCAGUAAAUAUGAGUGUCCAGAUGGCAUGAGAAAAAACAAAGCAAAUAGUUUAUGUGAAGAUAUUGAUGAAUGUACGGAAGGAACGCAUCUCUGUGACCUUUAUCAGAACUGCUUGAAUACGAACGGCAGUCACGAAUGCCACUGUAUUAAAGGGUUUGAGUUGGAUCCUAAGACGAGAGCUUGCACUGAUAUCAACGAAUGCGCGACCGAUCUGAACAACUGCAUACCCGAAACCCAACGGUGUGACAACACUGUUGGGUCGUUCCUGUGCAUCAGGUUCCUUUCCUGCGGCACUGGCUACACCCUACAUCAUUCUACCAGCACCUGUGAAGACAUCGAUGAGUGUGCGCUUGGGAUACACAAUUGCGCCAGGGCAGGUCCUGAGUAUCAGUGCCUGAACCUACCAGGGUCGUUCCGGUGCCAAAAACCCACCCCACCUGAGUAUGACUACGACGAAUAUUAUGAAAUAGAUGAAGAAGUCGAUCCCAGUACGAAUGAGACCCGAGUUAUAACAACUACAACACUUGCGCCUACAACAAUGGAAAUACCUAAAACAACGCCUGUACCGAUAACAAUACCCACAGAGGCAAAACCAGAAGAACCCAAAGUGUUACAACCAGAAAGGACAGAAGAUAAUUCCAUAGAUAAUGGCAUAAAUACGAACAUAAAUAAUCACCCAGAGAAAUCUGAACCUGAACACCCUAGACAACCUGAAUACCCAAAUCCAAAUCAUGAAAAUCCUGAACCAAUACCAAGAGAAGAAGUUCAACCUCAAGAACCAAGACAGAAAAACUAUUACGAACCAACUCAAACUCAAGAGCAUGCCCCUAGCGAACCAAGACAGCCAAACUACUACGAGCCAUCUGAACCUAAAGAUCCAAGGCAGCCAAAUUAUGAUCAAAAAAAACCUCAAGAACAUAACCCUAGUGAACCAAAUUAUGAGCAAACUCGACCCCAAGAAUAUAUCCCCAGUCAGCCAACACAGCCUAAUUAUUACGAACCAUCUGAACCCAAAGAUCCAAGGCAGCCAAAUUAUGAACAAAACAAACCUCGAGAAAAUACCCCUAAUGAACCGAGAGAACCAAAUUAUGAGAAAAGUCGACCUCAAGAAUACAACCCCAGUGAACCAAGACAGCCUAAUUAUUACGAUCUAUCUGAACCUAAAGACCCAAGGCAGACAAAUUAUGAACAAAACAAACCUCAAGAGAAUACCCCUAGUGAACGGAGAGAACCAAGUUACGAGCAAACUCGACCCCAAGAAUAUAUCCCUAGUGAGCCAACACAGCCUAAUUAUUACGAACCAACUGAAUCAACAAGAAUAGUUGACCAAGUAACAUACGAAAUUGAUAAUAGCAUUCCGAUAAGGUAUCCCGGAAUGAUAGAAACCACAUAUAGCCCGAUUCCGGAAUAUCCAACGUCUCCUAAGUUUGUAAACGUAUAUGUUGGCCACGAAACAGCAACUGUUAUAGGAGCAAAGAACGAGGACGGAUCAGUUUCAGUUGAUACAAAAGAUUUAGCGAAAAACGAGUGGACUAAGAUCAAUGAAAAGCCAAAUUGCCAAACUGGUUUUGAAUUGGAUCAGUAUGGCGCUUGUUUUGAUAUCGAUGAAUGUGUCACAAACCGCCACAGCUGUUCUGGCCUCACCGAAGUAUGUCGCAAUACGAUGGGGGGAUACUUAUGUGAUUGCGCAUACGGUUUCCGUAGAGAUCUACUAUCUAUGGCUUGCACUCCAGUCACCACUUCAUCAUCCACUACAACGUCUACUUCAACAAGUACAACUACUACUACGAGUACUAGUUCGGCUCCCACUACAUCUUCUACUAGAAGUAACUUCUGGGAAUACACAGGAUACAAAAGGCCGAUUAAAAGACCUUUCAAGCCAAGAAGCUCUUGCGACGUCGGCUAUCAUCUCAAUUCAGAAAAUGGAAAAUGUGAAGAUGUAGACGAGUGCUUAAACGGUCAAGCGAACUGCGCUGCGGCGGAAAUCUGUGUCAAUACAGAUGGCGGGUUCCGGUGUGAAUGCCUUCCAAACUGGAGGCUUGACUCUGACAGACACAGAUGCGUUCCCAUCAGGAAAUACCCGGACUUGUUCCCGACAGGAUAUAGGAAUCAUCCGAUAUAUCCUCCAGUGGAUCCCAAUGAGAUAAUCCCGGGUCCAAGAGGGCCUAAGGUAAUGGGCGAACCGGAGAUCACGCAAAUUGAAGACAGAGGGCUAGUGUUCAAGUGUCCCUGGGGAACCAAGCUUGGUGAUGAUCAAACUUGCGAAGAUAUAGACGAAUGCGUAACAGGCGAGGCUCAGUGCGGACCUCUACAGAUCUGCACAAACCUGCACGGUGGCUAUACGUGCAGCUGUCCGGUUGGACACCGGCUGAUCGGUGACCAUCAGUGCGAAGACAUUGAUGAGUGCGCGCAGGGUGGAUCGGUGCCAACUUGCUCAGAAAACGCAGAAUGUGUGAACAGCAUAGGAUCCUACCAAUGUCGCUGCCAUGAAGGGUUUAGAACAGCUCCCGCCAACGAUAAGGUGUGUGUGGACGUAGACGAGUGUUCCGAGUCAUACUUGGGUUCACUUUGCCAGCAGCGUUGCAACAACGUCUGGGGCAGUUACCGAUGCUCGUGCUUUAGGGGAUACAGGCUUAACGCUGACAAUCUGACUUGCCAUGACGUCGACGAAUGUACUGAGUUCAAGAAUAAGAACCUCUGCAUCGGGAGGUGUCACAACGAGCCCGGAAGCUACCGGUGUUCCUGUCCCUCGGGGUAUCGGCUGUCUGAAGACAAGAGGAGUUGCAUUGAUAUCGACGAAUGUGAGACCGGCGAGGCGCCGUGUUCUCACGGCAGCCAGUACAAGGGCUCCAGUGACGUCUGCCUCAACACCCGAGGCGGCUACCGUUGCCACAAGAUCACCUGCCCACAGGGAUACCAGCUCGAGCACAAACAUCGGUGCACUAAAAUCCAAAGGAACUGUCCGCCUUCCGAUUGGGAGUGUGCCCAUCAACCGAGCACGUACUCUUACAACUUCAUCACCUUCGUGUCCAACCUUUAUAUACCGGAAUCUAAAGUGGACCUGUUCACGAUGCGUGGACCAGCGUGGCCCGCAGCCACGAUGAGGUUCCAGCUGAGGGUAGUGAACGUGGACGCACCACCUUCAGUCAAGGAGAAGGCAGACGUUAACUCUUUCCUAUUGGUUCAAACAGCUAACCAAGCGGUGAUGUCCCUAGUGAAACCCUUGCAAGGACUCCAGAGCAUUGAGCUCGAGCUAUCUAUGGAGCUGUAUAGCAGGGGACAGUUCGGUGGUAUAGCAGUGGCGAAAAUAUACAUACACGUAUCGGAAUAUGAAUUUUAGGUAUUAAAUGUAGAUAAUAAAAUUUUAAAAUUA